AAGGCGCGGGGCAGAGCUGCCGGGGUCGGGGCGUCAUGCGGAGGGGUGAGCGCAAGGGCGCCGAGGGGCCGCGGCCGGGGUCCCCUGUGCCCGUGGGCAAGGCCUCGCUGGAGGAGCCGCUGGACGGCGCGGCCGCGGGCCGAGCGAGCGGGCCGGCCGCUGGCCGCCGCAGCACCGAGUCAGAGGUCUACGACGACGGCACCAACACCUUCUUCUGGCGGGCCCACACCCUGAGCGUGCUCUUCAUCCUCACCUGCGUGCUGGGCUACGUGACGCUGCUGGAAGAGACACCGCGGGACACGGCCUACAACACCAAGAGAGGUAUUGUGGCCAGUAUUUUGGUUUUCUUAUGUUUUGGAGUCACACAAGCUAAAGACGGGCCAUUUUCCAGACCUCAUCCAGCCUACUGGAGGUUUUGGCUCUGCGUCAGUGUGGUCUACGAGCUGGUUCUCAUCUUUAUACUCUUCCAGACCGUCCAGGACGGCCGCCAGUUUCUGAAGUACGUCGACCCCAGGUUGGGGGUCCCGCUGCCGGAGAGGGACUACGGGGGAAACUGCCUCAUCUAUGAUGCAGACAACAAGACCGACCCCUUCCACAACGUCUGGGACAAGCUGGACGGCUUCGUGCCCGCACACUUCAUCGGCUGGUACCUGAAGACCCUGAUGAUCCGUGACUGGUGGAUGUGCACAAUCGUGAGUGUGAUGUUUGAGUUCCUGGAAUACAGCCUGGAGCAUCAGCUGCCCAACUUCAGCGAGUGCUGGUGGGACCACUGGAUCAUGGACGUGCUCGUCUGCAACGGGCUGGGCAUCUACUGCGGCAUGAAGACCCUCGAGUGGCUGUCCCUGAAGACCUACAAGUGGCAGGGCCUCUGGAACAUUCCGACCUACAAGGGCAAGAUGCAGAGGAUCGUCUUCCAGUUCACGCCCUACAGCUGGGUCCGCUUCGAGUGGAAGCCGGCCUCCAGCCUGCGCCGCUGGCUGGCCGUGUGCGGCAUCAUCCUGGUGUUUCUGUUGGCAGAGCUGAACACCUUCUACCUGAAGUUCGUGCUGUGGCUGCCCCCCGAGCACUACCUGGUCCUCCUGCGGCUGGUCUUCUUCGUCAACGUGGGCGGCGUGGCCAUGCGGGAGAUCUACGACUUCAUGGACGACCCGAAGCUCCACAAGAAGCUGGGCCAGCAGGCCUGGCUGGUGGCGGCCAUCACCGUCACGGAGCUGCUCAUCGUGGUGAAGUACGACCCGCACACGCUCACGCUGUCCCUGCCCUUCUACAUCGCCCAGUGCUGGACGCUCGGCUCCGUGCUCGCCCUCACCUGGACCGUCUGGCGCUUCUUCCUGCGGGACAUCACCCUGAGGUACAAGGAGACGCGGCGGCAGAAGCAGCAGGGCAGGGACGACCAGGGCAGGGCGGACGGCAGCGUGGACGGGCGCCCACCAGGGCCCGACGACCCCUCGGGGCCCGAGGAGGCCGAGAGGGAGGGGGUGCCAGCACCGCACUGACGCUGCGGCUGGGCCUGCAGAGCCCAGGCCUGGCGCCCUCCACCCUCUGGGAUUCCGGCCAGGAGCCUUCCAGCGGGCCUCAGCCCUCAAGGUUCUAUCUCCCUCUUCUCCCGCGUGCACAGUGGGGUGGGGCGCGUGUGUGUGUGGCGUGUGCACACGUGUGGGUGCCUGUGUGUGUGUGCGCGUGUGCUCCUGAGGCUCUGGGGCUCGCCCUGGGCCGGCUGGUGCCCCCUCUGCGCGGUCAGCCCGCCGCCUUGGCCACCCCGAGCCUUGGUGCCCGCACGGCCCGGCCCAGGCAGCAGCGUCUCGGUGCCCGUCCGCUCCCUGGGCCCCACCGGUCCCCCACGACCUUCUGGCGGCACGUGUGAAGGACAGGCGUCCGGGGACGCCCUGACGUGGCUGGAAAGGGCAGAUCCGCUUCCUCGGGAGCCUCCAUCUGACCCUCCAACCUGGAGGGUGCGUGGACGGGGCUGCCCGCACAUCGAGUCGGAGACUCCAAGGCCUGGUGCCCGCCGUCAGGAGGGCGGGUCGUGAGGGAGGGUCUCUGUGGCCCAGGGUUGAGGUCACCCCCACGAGCAAACAGAACAAAUAAAAGCCACGGUGAAGG